UAAACGGGAGGAAGAAGCAGCAAUGCCUUCUGAUGUGUCAGAGUAUACUAUUGGGGGAGUGAAGAUCAUGUUCCCUUGCAAGGCUUACCCCUCACAGCUUGCGAUGAUGAAUGCUAUUGUUAAGGGCUUAAAUAAUAAGCAACACUGUUUGUUGGAGAGCCCUACAGGAAGUGGCAAAAGUUUGGCAUUACUUUGUUCUGCGUUAUCAUGGCAGCAGUCUCUGUAUGAGAAACCAGUGCCCACUUCAUCCUGUGAAAAGGAAGACAGAAAGCUGGAGACCUCACCACCCUGUCGCUGUAUCUGUCAUUCCCAGUCUAAGAGCAGCGAGGCUGCAACGAGUGUAAAUCAUGGUGCUUCUUGUUCUUUGAAUAGUUGUGAAACGGGAAGUUCUGUAAAACCUGGAAGCCCACUAACAAACACAGAAUGUAAGGAAAAUGCAACGCUAGCUUCGAAAUUGUCUGCCAAAAAACGUUUUUCUCUAUGUGAAAAAGAGAAUGAUGAUUUUCAAGUAGACAGGAAAAGGAUUCGUCCUUUAGAAACCGAGCAGCAGCAGCUUCGAAAACGUCAUUGUUUUGCAAAAGGAGUGCAGAUGGUUGAUGCUUUAGAAGUUUAUCAACAGAGGAAAAAUGGAGAGCUGAUUGUUCACACUGAAAAAAGUGUGAAAAGCACUACUUUUUCUCCCAAAACAUCUUCUGGUCCUUGCACUGAGUGUUCCUGUUCUUCUGGGAAAGAAACUAGCAAAGAUACAAGUAACACAAAGAAGAAGGAAAAUGGAGAGGGAAGGUUCAUUCCCAAAAUAUUUUUUGGAACACGAACACACAAGCAAAUAACCCAAAUUACCAGAGAGUUGAAGAGAACAGCGUAUUCCAGUGUCCCUAUGACAAUUCUUUCAAGCCGGGAUUAUACCUGUAUUCAUCCGGUGGUAUCUAGUAGUGGCAGUAACAGGAACGAAAUGUGUGUAGAAUUGCUGGAAGGAAAAAAUGGCAGGUCUUGUCUUUACUAUCAUGGUGUUCAUAAACUCAGUGAACACCAUGCCCUGAAGUCUGCACAUAGGAUGUAUCAGGCUUGGGACAUUGAAGAUCUAGUGAGCCUGGGAAAGAAGCUUCGUGCCUGUGCAUAUUUUGCAGCCAGAGAACUGAUGGUGGGCGCGGAUAUUGUAUUUUGUCCUUAUAAUUAUCUCCUAGACCCGCAAAUACGGGAGAGUAUGGAAAUUAACCUUAAAGGGCAAGUAGUCAUUUUAGAUGAAGCCCAUAAUAUUGAGGACUGUGCUCGGGAGUCAGUGAGCUUCGGUGUUACAGAAAAUCAGCUGAGAGCUGCUCGAGAAGAGCUGGAUUCAAUGGUCAAUAACAACAUCAGGCAGUUGAAUCAUGAGCCCCUACGGGCUGUGUGCUGCUCUUUGAUAAACUGGUUACGGGAGAGCUCUAGUGAACUUGUAGAAAGAGGGUAUGAAACUUCCUGUAAGGUUUGGAGUGGGAAAGAAAUGCUCACCGUUUUGCACAAAAUGGGAAUAACUGGUAUUACUUUUCCCAUUUUGCAGAAACACCUUGCUACUGUCCUGGAAAAAGAAGAAAAAGUGUCAGUGCUUGGUAGAGAGGAACUUGUUGAGAUACCGGUUGUGAGCCCUGCCACUCAGAUUGUGCUGAAAGGGUUAUUCAUGAUCCUUUUAUGUCUUUUUAAAGAUAAUAGCAGGUAUGCAGAUGACUACAGAGUUGCUCUGCAACAAACUUAUGCUUGGAUGAGUGAAAACCAGCUCGAUGUUCCAGAUGCAAGCGACUUCUUUACUCGGCCCCAGCAUAAAAGGGGUUCGCGGCAGAAAACUGUAGUCCGCAUGCUUAACUUUUGGUGCUUGAAUCCUGCUGUGGCUUUUUCAGACUUAAGUGAUGUUAGAACGAUUGUUCUGACGUCUGGUACACUCUCUCCGAUGGAUUCAUUUUCUUCAGAGCUUGGCGUGAAGUUUUCUAUUCAGUUGGAAGCAAAUCACGUUAUUCGGAACUCACAGGUUUGGGUUGGCACCAUCGGAACAGGCCCUAACAGUCGAAAGUUGUGUGCCACGUUCCAGCAUACAGAGACCUUUGAAUUCCAGGAUGAGGUGGGAGCACUGCUGCUUUCAGUGUGUCAAACAGUUGGCCAAGGGAUUUUGUGCUUUUUGCCAUCCUAUAAGCUGUUGGAUAAAUUAAAAGAUCGCUGGAUGCACACUGGCUUAUGGAGGAACCUGGAGCUGGUUAAGACAGUCAUUGCUGAGCCUCAAAGAGGGGCGAAGAGUGACUUUGAUGAACUGCUGAAAAUAUACUAUGAUGCAAUAAAAUGUAAAGGAGAAAAAGAUGGAGCACUCCUUAUAGCUGUAUGCAGAGGAAAAGUUAGUGAAGGCCUGGAUUUCUGUGAUGAGAAUGCCCGUGCAGUUAUAACCAUAGGUAUUCCGUUUCCAAAUGUGAAGGACCUUCAGGUUGAAUUAAAGAGGAAGUACAAUGACCAGCACAAAAAUACAAGAGGCCUUUUACCAGGGAGCCAGUGGUAUGAAAUUCAAGCUUAUAGGGCUCUGAACCAAGCCUUGGGAAGGUGUAUAAGGCACAGGAAUGACUGGGGUGCUCUUAUUUUAGUUGAUGAUCGCUUCCGGAAUAACCCUAACAAGUAUAUAACUGGAUUAUCCAAGUGGAUUCGUCAACAAAUUCAGCACCAUGAAAAUUUUGGUAGUGCACUUGAAUCCUUGCAUGCAUUUGCUAAAAGAAACCAGAAAGGCAUUGACUGCUCACCAGAGUGCAGCAGCGAAUUGCCCCAGCUACCUUCAACUUCAAAAGACCUGUCACAAGCCUCUCAAGAGGAGGCAACUAUUUAUCUGUCGCCAGAUGUUCCUGCUAAAAGUGAGGAGCAAAAGUUGGUUUCAGAAAUUAAUUUUCCUACAACCAUCGGCUCAGGGAACCCUACAGCAUCCAAUCAGCCAAGUAACAGCAUGGCAACAGCAAAACAAGGUGGCCAGAAAGUUGAUGUGGAGGGUCAUUCUCAGCAUGUAACACAAAGAAGAAAACAUAUGGACUCCACACCCAAAAUGCCAGCAACUAAAAUAGAGAGAGGAAGAAAGAAUGGUCAGACUAAUAUCAAUGUUAUGAAAGAGCCUCUGACUUCAACACCUCGGCCUGUAGCAGAGAACAGCAUGUCCUCAACUAAUAGUAAACAAAAGAAUGUGCGUAGGAAUGCUGAAUUUAUUGAUAAUGUAAAUCAAUGCCAGUCGUCAUUAAUUUCAGAACAUAAACCAAGUGUGCCAGAAUCAUGUUUGGAAACAACUAAUUUUUCAGUUAAAAAUACUGAGCCUCCAGUUGCUGAAGAACAUCCUGAUAAGCUACAGCUUCAAAUUGAGGCCUGCAGUAAGGCUCCUUCAGCAGGAGGGAAAUGUGAACUUUCAAUGUUAAAUGUAUCUGCAGAAGCUGAAGAUGAGGAUGAGAGUAUCUACUUCACACCAGAGCUCUAUGAUGAUGUUGAAUCAGAGGAACAGAAAACCAGGCCACUGUCUCCAACCUCUAAUACAAACGAGAAUUGGAUUGAAUGUGGGAACUGCACAGUCGCUGAUGAACAUUUUGCAAUCAACACCUCAGAAACACAAAGUGCGACUAAACCAAAGAUUGAUCACGACGAUGAUGAUGGUGGCCGAGGCACAAGUUUACAUGGAAUGAUGCAAAAUGAGGGGGGGAAGAAUAAUGCAAUUAAGGCAGAGAUGACUAGUGAAAGAGAAGCAGAGCAGAUAGCAUCUCAAGAGAUGGACACUAAAAAAUGGAAAAUCAGUCUUUCCAGAUCACGAAAUAAAGGUCUGUCAUCUUCUCUGUUGAACAGUACUAGCACGCAGUAACAGCUUCUGUAGGAAAGAUAGUGAGCAGCCUUUACAACGCUGCCUCGCUAUAGCACGGCAUUGGCUUCCUAGUUCUCGUCUGCUAUGUGCUACUAUCAGACUAUUGGUUAUACUUUUUUGGUUUUCCCUGUGAAGAUUAGACAACGUGCAAUUUUCUAUAGAUAUCAUUAAAAUUCUUCACCAUAACUGCGUGGGUAAGGACGACAUCAUGUGUGGAAAUUCUAAACAGAAGCUCAAGUAGCAUUUGUCUUGUAAUUAUAGGUUGAGGAGGUUUGUCUAUUACUGAUUUAAUUAAUCCACUGUUAAAUACAGUCAAACUAAUGGUUUUUUCUCAGAAAGGAGAACAGUCAUAUAAUCAAAUGACGGUUUUCUGCAUUUGGUAGGGCUUUUUUUUUGUUUUAUUAAAUACGUAGAACAGCAUCUUUGCAGAUCAAGUAAUCUGAUACGUUGAGCCGAGGCACUGAAAUAGGUGUAUUCUUCACUACUUUGGUUUCCUCCAAUUUCUUUUGUCAAAAUGUCUAUCAGAAGCUGUGUAGUAGUAAUAGUAGUUGCACAUUUUGAUAUUUGAUCAUAAGAGGCUUCUCCAGAGGUCUCUAUUUAUUUUUCAUAUAAGUUGACGUUGCUUUAGAAUUUCCUUCUGUGAGAGGAUCUAAUUUCUUUUGGUAGGAUUCUGUAUGUAUUCGUAUCAAAACAUGUAUUCAUCUGUAUGUCCUGCAAACACAUUUUCUAUGAAAUAUAUAACAAUGUAAAUUUGUAUAUAAAGGUCUUAAAAUCUUCUUUAGUCUACUUUUUUUUUAAGUAUUUUAAACAUUUAUUUAAUUUAUUGCAAUCAAAACAGCCAGGAUUUUUAUGUAAUAAAAUGUACUAUAUCUGAUUCUUCAAGAAAGAGUGUUCAGUUCCAUCAUAUAUUAAUAUGAAGAUGUAGGACUUUUGCAGUCUUAAGAUUGGUUCAUAGGUAUUUUGACUGAGAGCGGAGAUGAAAUUAACUGGUCUUUUCCAUACAAUUUCAUCUAAAUAACACUGAUGUCCACCUGUACAGAGCUGUGAAUGUUUUCAUAUCAAUAGGGUUGAAAUUGUAUCUUUUCUUUACACAAUGAAUGCAUCUCUAUGAUACCAGAGAGUCUGAUUGUGAGAGUGGCAAGAAUACCUUUAGAUUUCUUUAACAGGCAGUAUCUUUCAGUACUUGGUAUAAGGCAUUUGGUUAAACUUUGUUGCAUUGAUGCCACCUAAGGAUCAUGUUUUCUUGGUUAGGGUUCCUGAUAUUCCUUUAAUCGUCGAAUGCUGAUGGUUUUGAUCUAGUUGACGGGGCAGAAUCAAGGCCUAAUACUGACAGCAGUUUAAACGUAUGACCUUUGGAAAGAGAAACAUACUUAAUUUAGGUUUAGAUUUAAGUAAUUGGUUGAAUAUCAGUAUUUAAUAGGUUAGGGUUGAUUGUGUUUGUAGCUAGCUUCUGGACUAGAACUGUCCCAUAUCACCCAGCAAAUGGUGGGGCAGCCCUGGCAGGUGCCUUUACAGCUGACUUGAUCUUCGUCGGUCCCUAAUAGCUCAGUUUUCUUAAAACAAGUCUUCUCUACCAAACCACUUUUUUUAUGUUUAUAUAUAUCCAAAUAGAGAAUAGAAAUUACUUAAGCUUUGUGCCUUUUGUGUUUAUCUCACAGAACACUAUCCCCUAUUCGUCUUUCAGAAGAUUUGUCUGUCUUUAAAUCCAUGACAUUAAGAGAAAGAAAAUCCAUCUUCCUUUCCUUAUCUGGAGCAGAUUGUUCCUUUCUUGAUCUUACUUUGAUUAGAAAUCCUUUAAGACAUGGCCUUCUUCAUGUCAAAUGUUUUGUGUUAAUUUACAUCACCUACAUUUCAUAGAGAAGUACUCCUUAACCAUUGGUUUUUUAAAAUGUGUUGAAGGAUCAGCAUUUGGCUUGAGAGAUACUUGAUAGUUCUUGACGUCUCUAUUCACAAGUUCACCAAACUCAAAUCUUGACUGUACAUAUAUUGUUUGGGACAACUGAUGGGUAAUAAUCCUUACACUACUGCUGAGGGGUAAUGCCAGAAGUAUGGGGCAAGGAGGGGACUGUUCCUUUUGGUAUAAAAGCUGUGUGAAUUCAGUCUGAAUUUGUCUGUAUCUAACUAACUAUGGUAUUUAAUAU